UCCUCCUCCCUCCCCCACACCCCCAGCCCUCCCUCUUUAAUCUGAAACACUGUAGUUCAGAGAACUAGUUCUAGGUGGAUGGGAGAAAGGUCUUAUCCUUGCCUUCUUCAAAUCUCACCGAGGCUUGGUUGCAGAUGCCUGGAUGCCUGGAAAGUUUACACUGCCUCGAGUUGUUUUGUUUGGCAUAGCUAAUCAGGAGCUAGACUGGAAUUGCUCAUAGCUGUCAUUCAGGUUUUGUUUCAAAGUCCAAGGACCUGCUGGGAAAAACAAAGAACUAAUGAAAGCUGACUGUAUUUAAGGCCUCAAAUCUGUGGAGUCUGAAAUGAUGUCCUGACAGUGGAUUCUUAUUCUUCUGCGUUCUUGCCGUUUCUAAGGUAACAGGUUUUUAGAGGCUUUCCAUCUUCAUUGUCAAGUAUUUGCUACACUUAUUGUUGUUUUUCAGAUUAGAGCAAUUCAAAUGAUCUCCUUUGAAAUGAAGGGGAAAGAGAAAAUAAUGGAAAUAAAAUGUAAUGAAUCAAUUACUUUGGGGAAGGCUAAAAGUAUGGCAGUUGAAGCAGUAUUGUCAAUGUGUUUUUUUUUUCCUUAAAUGUUACCAAAUUCACAACAUAUAUAUAUAUAUAUAUUUUUUUUUUUAAUUAAGAGAAACUCUAACAUCCCCCCACUUCGUUAAAGUGACAUUCCAAUUCAUAGAAAUUAUCAUCCUGAGUAUUUACAUAGAAUCACUGCCAAAAUCAUUGAAGGCAUAGAAUAACACCCCUUCUUCCCCUCUCCCAAUUUUAGUGACAUACUCCAUCGUUAGCAUUUUCUUUGGUGUGAUUUCCAGAAAAUUAUAUUCCCUGGGACAGAAAGUUGAAGUUUCACAGCUUAUUUGUGAAUAUAGAAACUACACGAUGAAAUGAUGGAUUCUGAUGAACUAUAUAUAACAGAAAUAAUUUAUUUGCCUCUCAAGGUAAUAUUUUCUUCAAUUUUUUCCCCUUAGUGAAAUAGAAUUUAUUCAUAUUAACACACCAUUAGUGUUUCAACGAGAGUGUGCUCUCUUUUUUUUUUAACCUAUAGUUUAAUUAAUGAGAAGUAAAGGAUGACUGUUGUGACCAGGUAUCCUUGGAGAUAGUUUAAGAACUGAGUGAGAAACCCUAAGAGUUAAACUAAUGUAAUGUCAUAUUUAUGUAUCUUCUUUUUAGGUGUGAUGACACAGAGACUUAUAUACUGACCAAAUAUCGACAAGAGCCCUUUCCCCAAUGGGAAGGUGCUCGUGACUGGAGGAAUUGGAAAAGCUUCACAUAGAAGGCAUUGCUUGAGCAGAAUUUUGACGGAAAUGAAGGAUUCCAAAAAUCUUUGUUAAGGUGUGAAAGAGGCUUGGGUGAAGUCAGGCACUCUGAAGCGGCCCGGAGCGGCCAGCGGCAGCUUCGGCGGCAGCCGUGGAAGUCCGAGCAGCCGCAGCGGCAGCAGCAGCGGCGGCGGCGGCGGCGGCGGCAGCGGCAGCGGCAGCCGGAGCAGCCUCGGGGGCGCGGCGGCGGCGGCAGCAGCAGGCUCGCGAAGUCUUUGCUCCUGCCUCAACCAUGAACGUGUCUCAGAAAGGUUAACACAGAGAAGCCAAGAUCAUGGGGAAUUCUUAUGCAGGGCAACUGAAAUCUGCCCGUUUUGAAGAAGCUCUACACAAUUCAAUAGAAGCAUCCCUGAGAUGUAGUAGUGUUGUGCCAAGGCCAAUUUUUUCUCAGCUCUAUUUGGACCCUGACCAGCACCCCUUCUCUCCUGCAGAUGUCAAACCCAAAGUAGAAGAUUUGGAUAAAGAAUUGGUACACCGAUACACUCAAAAUGGGAGUCUGGACUUUUCUAACAACCCAACUGCUAAUGAAAUGGAAGAUGAAGAAGAAGAUGAGGAAAUGUCAGAUUCAAAUAGCCCACCAAUACCCUAUUCACAAAAGCCUGCCCCAGAAGGGUCUUGCACUACAGAUGGUUUUUGUCAAGCAGGAAAAGAUUUACGUUUAGUGUCCCUGUGUAUGGAACAAAUUGAAAUCCCAGCAGGUUUUCUGCUAGUGGGUGCCAAGUCUCCAAAUCUUCCCGAACAUAUUUUAGUUUGUGCUGUAGACAAGAGAUUCCUGCCAGAUGAUCAUGGAAAAAAUGCACUUUUAGGGUUUUCUGGAAACUGCAUAGGCUGUGGAGAAAGAGGAUUUCGGUAUUUCACGGAGUUUUCUAACCAUAUCAACUUGAAGCUCACAACGCAGCCCAAAAAGCAGAAGCACUUAAAGUACUACCUAGUGAGAAGCUCCCAGGGCGUCCUGUCAAAGGGGCCUCUUAUCUGUUGGAAAGAAUGUAGAAGUCGUCAAUCCUCUGCUGCUUGCCACUCUGCUAAACCCAAUUCUUCAGUGUCAUCAACGGUAACCCCAGAAAACGGAACAGCAAAUGGGUACAAAUCAGGAUUCAGUCAAACAGAUUCACCAGUCCUCAGUCCAGCUAAUUCUGCUGUUAAUUUAAGUGGAACUCAGGAGCUGUCCAGGAACAAGAACCUUGUGAAACCUCUGGCUUUAUCUUUGCAGAUUGUAGGGAAGACGUACACUUCAGAUGCUGCUAAUGGGAACAGUAGUAAUGGAGGGAGAACAAAUCCAUCCAGCUCCACCCCCGCUCGCCCAGUGCCUCAUUCUGUGUCACCCAGACCUGGCUUUGCUGCAGGAGACCAAGCAUCCAUGUCCAGUUCAGGACCACCAAAGAAAAGGCACCGGGGAUGGUAUCCUGGGUCACCUGUCCCCCCACCUGCCUUAGUUGUUCCUGUUCCUACAGUCCGACCUCUUGCAAGAACUGAGCCUCUUUUAUCUGUCCCAGUUCCUCAGUCCAUGUUAACUGGAAUUUUACAACCUCGUCCCAUUCCUGCAGGGGAAACUGUAAUUGUUCCUGAAAACUUGCUGAGUAACUCAGGAGUCAGACCAGUGAUUCUGAUAGGUUAUGGCACUUUACCCUAUUUCUAUGGAAAUGUUGGUGACAUUGUAGUCAGUCCCUUGCUUGUGAAUUGCUACAAGAUUCCACAUCUGGAGAAUAGAGAUUUGGACCAAUUGGGAUUGAAUGGAAGCCAGUUACUGAGUGUGGAAAACAUGAUUCUUUUAACUAUACAGUAUCUUGUGCGGCUGGGUCCUGAUCAGAUACCUCUCAGGGAAGAAUUUGAGCAGAUCAUGCUGAAAGCUAUGCAGGAAUUUACUCUGAGAGAGAGAUCCUUGCAAUUGAGUGCUCAGUGUAUCUCUGUGUCGCCAGGUCAACUCCCCUGGCUUGCUAGACUAAUUGCCAGUGUAUCUCAAGACUUGGUUCAUGUGAUUGUCACCCAGAAUUCUCUGGCUGAGGGCAUUUCAGAGACACUGAGAACUCUCAGUGAAGUGAGACACCAACAAAGACUUCCAGACUACGUAGUGGCAAUCUGUGCAUCAAAGAUCAGAGGAAAUGAAUUUUGUGUGGUGGUCCUAGGUCAGUAUCAGUCCAGAGCCUUGGCAGAGAGCAUGCUUACCACAAGUGAGUUUUUAAAAGAAAUUAGUUAUGAGCUCAUCACAGGAAAGGUCAGUUUCCUGGCAUCCCAUUUCAAAAACACAUCGUUAGGUGAUGAUCUAGAUAAAUUGCUGGAAAAAAUGCAGCAGAGAAGAGGGGACAAUGUGGUCACCCCUUUCAAUGGUGACGUUAACGAAUGUGUAUCAUCUCAGGAGGCAGCUGCCAUGAUUCCUACACAAAACCUGGAUGUAGAUAAUGACACCUUCCAAAUUUAUCAACCACAGCUCACAGUUGCCAGAAAACUCUUAUCUCAGGUGUGUGCCAUAGCAGACAGCGGAAACCAAAGUCUGGAUCUGGGCCACUUCAGCAAGGUGGAUUUUAUCAUUAUAGUCCCACGUUCAGAAGUUCUAGUCCAACAAACUCUCCAACGAAUUCGACAAUCAGGUGUUCUUGUAGACUUGGGUCUGGAAGAAAAUGGAACAGCUUAUCAGAGAGCGGAGAAAUACGUUGUUCGGCUAGACAAUGAGAUUCAAACCAAGUUUGAAGUUUUUAUGAGAAGGGUCAAACAAAAUCCGUACACGUUGUUUGUCUUGGUUCAUGACAAUUCCCAUGUGGAGCUGACAAGUGUCAUCUCCGGCUCUUUGUCCCAUGGGGAGCCGAGCCACGGGUUGGCUGAUAGAGUUAUUAACUGCCGAGAAGUCCUCGAAGCCUUCAACCUCCUUGUGCUCCAAGUGAGCUCCUUCCCAUAUGCCCUGCAAACCCAACAGUCCAGAAUAAGCUCUGCCAAUGAGGUGCACUGGAUACCGCUGGACAGUGUGGAGGAAAUGGGCAGUGAAGAGAAGCUGUAUUUUGGCUUGAAUGAGUACAGCAAAUCCCUGCAGUGGGGAAUCACUAGUCCACUUCUAAGAUGUGAUGAAACUUUUGAGAAAAUGGUUAACACACUCUUAGAAAGGUACCCCAGGCUUCACAGCAUGGUGAUUCGCUGCUACCUUCUCAUUCAGCAGUACUCAGAAGCUUUGAUGGCUCUCACCACCAUGGCAUCUCUCCGGGACCACAGCACCCCGGAAACACUCAGCAUCAUGGACGACCUCAUCAGCUCGCCAGGAAAGGACAAGAGUGGGAGGGGGCACAUGCUCAUCAUUCGGGUGCCUUCGGUGCAGCUGGCUAUGCUGGCCAAGGAGAGGCUGCAGGAGGUGCGGGAUAAGUUGGGUCUUCAGUACCGUUUUGAAAUCAUCCUUGGAAACCCAGCUUCAGAACUGAAUGUGGCCAGUCACUUUGUGGCACGAUUAAAGAGCUGGAGAGGAAAUGAUCAAGAAGAGUGGAUCCCUCGGACCUAUCAGGAUUUAGAAGGUCUACCUUGUAUUGUAAUAUUAACUGGAAAAGACCCUCUUGGAGAAACUUUUCCCAGAUCCUUGAAGUACUGCGACCUCCGGUUAAUUGACUCGAGCUAUUUAACUCGAACCGCCUUAGAACAGGAGGUGGGCCUGGCAUGUUGCUAUGUCUCCAAGGAAGUCAUCCGAGGACCCAUCGUCGCCCUGGAUCUUAGUGAGAAAGAGCACGAGAGAGCCAGCGUCAGCGAAAAUGACUCUGAUGAGCUGCUGAUUGAUUUGGAGAGACCCCAGAGCAAUAGCAGCGUAGUCACUGGGACUUCAGGUUCCAUAGCAGAGAAUGGAGUGAGCUCCUCUUGUACCGCCCAGAAGCAGCCUUCAUCCCUCAGCUUCCAGAACGCAGCAAACAGCUCAAGGCUUGAGGAAGGGGUUUCUCCAGAAGCCCCCACCCCGGGGGAACCCUUGAAACAAGAGUGCGAUUCCCUGGGCCAUCAGAUGGCGAGCAGCACCACCUCCAAGCCUUCCUCCUCCUCCUCCGUGUCCCAGGCUUUCCAGUGGCCGGGGCAGCCCAUCAAAGGCUGCAGGGAUUUCCAUGUGUCCCUACCACGCAUUGUGAUACUGUCCAAAGCUGCCUACUGCCUCCUGGGCUCUCAGAAGAGCGGGCAGCUGCCGUCCUCCUCCUCCCUCCUUCCUCACGCGGACGUGUCGUGGGUAAGCUCUCUGAGACCCUUGCUGCACAAGGAUAUGACCAGUGAGGAGCAGUCCCUGUACUACCGACAAUGGACAGCUGCCCGGCAGCAUCACGCCGACUACAGCAACCAGGGGGAUGCUGCUGGUUCCCGGAGCUUCCAUCCCCGAAGGCUGCUGCUCACAGGGCCCCCACAGGUGGGAAAGACAGGCUCCUAUCUGCAAUUCCUCCGGAUCCUUUUCCGCAUGCUCAUCAGAUUACUGGAGGUUGAUGUGUAUGAUGAAGAAGAGAUUAAUAUCAAUCACAGUGAGAGCAAUGACAUCAGUCUGUCGGAGAGAGAUCCUUGGCCCGACAUUGAGAACUUUGGUAAAAUGCCUUUUGAUGUCAGUGUACAUGAUCCCAAGUACAGUCUGAUGAGCCCAGUAUUCACUGAAAAGUUGGCAGGAAUCAAGCAAGAAGCAAAAAAGGAAGGCAAAUUUGAAGAGUCCAGGAAACGAGAAACUGUGUCCAUGAUGCUAACCAAAUAUGCUGCUUACAACACGUUCCAUCACUGCGAGCAGUGCCACCAGUACAUGGAUAUCAGCCCUGCAUCCCAGAUGUCAGAUUCCACCCUUCAUGCAUUCACAUUCUCUUCCUCCAUGUUGGGAGAGGAGGUCCAGCUUCAUUUCAUCAUCCCCAAAUCCAAGGAAAGCCAUUUUGUGUUCAGCAAGCAAGGCAAACACCUGGAGAGUAUGCGGCUGCCUCUGGUGUCUGACAAGAAUCUGAAUGUAGUCAAGAGCCCGAUCUUCACUCCUUCCAGUGGACGACACGAACAGGGCCUGCUGAACCUUUACCAUGCCAUGGAAGGCAUCAGCCACCUUCACCUCCUGGUGGUCAAAGAGUAUGAAAUGCCUCUGUACCGCAAGUACUGGCCCAACCACAUUAUGCUGGUGCUUCCUGGCAUGUUCAACAACGCUGGUGUGGGUGCUGCAAGGUUCCUCAUUAAAGAGCUCUCCUACCACAACCUGGAACUGGAGAGAAACCGCCUGGAGGAGCUGGGCGUCAAACGCCAGUGCGUCUGGCCUUUCAUAGUGGUCAUGGAUGACUCCUGUGUCCUGUGGAACAUUCACAGUGCUCAGGAACAGUCCAGCAGCCAGUCCAUGGAGCCAGGAGUUACCAGCAAGAAUGUGUCUUUAAAGAGCGUCCUGCAGCAUAUUGAAGCCACCCCAAAGAUCGUGCAUUAUGCAAUCCUAGGGAUUCAGAAGUGGAACAGCAAGCUGAAUUCUAAAAGCCUCAAGUCCCCUUUCUCUCGGUGCCACGUCCAUGACUUCAUACUGCUCAAUAUAGACCUGACACAGAAUGUGCAAUAUGAUCUCAACAGGUACUUCUGUGAAGACGUUGACUUUAACUUGAGAACCAACAGCAGUGGCCUGCUUAUUUGCCGAUUUAACAACUUCAGUCUCAUGAAAAAACACAUCCAGGAUGGAGGACAAAAGGACUUUAACGUUAAGCCAAAACUCAGUCUAUCUGAAAGCAUAGCACCGAUCUUGCCUCUUCAAUAUGUCUGUGCACCAGACAGUGAACACACUCUGCUGGCGGCCCCAGCCCAGUUUCUCCUUGAGAAGUUCCUUCAGCAUGCCACAUACAAACUCUUUCCAAAAGCCAUCCACAAUUUCAGGAGCCCCAUCUUGGCCAUUGAUUGCUACCUAAACGUUGGACCAGAGGUGGCCAUCUGCUAUGUGAGCUCCAGACCGCACUCCAUCAACGUCAACUGUGAAGGGGUAUAUUUCAGUGGACUCCUUUUGUACCUCUGUGACUCUUUUGUAGGUGCUGACCUUCUUAAGAAAUUUAAGUUCCUCAAAGGUGCUACUCUGUGUGUCAUCUGCCAAGACCGAAGUUCCUUACGGCAAACGAUUGUCCGCCUAGAACUAGAAGAUGAAUGGCAGUUCCGCCUUAGGGAUGAGUUUCAAACCGCCAACAGCAGCGAGGACAAGCCUCUCUACUUUCUCACUGGCCGCCACGUCUGAGCAGAAGAGACCAAAUUAAGGUGGUGGAGGAGGGAGAGGGAACGAGAUGAUCAAGUGGGAUUGUUUUCUUCUAAGUACAAUCAUUCUGGAGCAAAGUGCAACUGUUGUGACUCUAGGAUGCCCUCCAAAGGCCCCCCCCCCAGACCCACCCGAAUCCCCUGAGGGCACUGAUGCCACUUCAGCUCUACUAUGAGAACCUGGGAAUUUAGGGUGACACCACCCUAGAUGGUUAUGCAAACUUCUUAGAAAAUGGCCUGCCAACUGUGACUGAAGAGAGGACACUCUGGAGAAUGACGAGCUUGUAGCUCUCUAUGUCUUAUUUUGUUUUGUUUUCAUUUGAUUUCGGGGUGGGGGUGUCGUGGGGUUUUUUGUCUGUUUUGUUUGGGUUUUUUUUUUUAAUGAUCUGUGUUAGGAGAAAAAAAAAACUGAUUUUUGGCAUCAGCUAGCCUGAAUGUGUUACAUGAGACUCACACCAGGGGUGUGACACAGUGAAGAUUAACGUCCGAGGCCCAAAUCCUCCAGUUUUUCUUCAAAACUGUACUUUGGUACAGUAUUACUCAGGGGUUUGAAAUGACAGAAUGUAGAAGAUACUUGUAUUUAAAAAAAAGUAGCAUUUGUUCUUUCUCUGUGCAGUGUUAGUAAGAUUUGUAAUUUUAUAUGUAUUGAAACUUUUGGCAAAAUUUCCACAGGAGUUAAAAGUUUACUACUUAAACCUGAACAAACAAGGCAGUAAAUGCAGAGCAGGCACAUGUGUGCAGCAUCCCCGAGUCUUGUUCCUUUGCUUGCCCCAUUAGUAUUAAGAUUUCAGAAUCCUUUGCAUGUUGCAUUAACAUGAAUCUCUACGAAGUUGUCUGGCUUCUUGCCAGUGAUACUACUUCCUGUGCAAAGAGGAACUCGGGUCAUUUAAAACUUCUGCUUCCCCGUCUGUCCUCUUCCUUCCCCCCUCCCCCCUUGUCCUGUAUGGUUUGAGUUUCUGUAUAGUUGGGCACCAGCGAAACCCAUUUUACUUGACUUUGAUUUCUUAUGAAAUGUCAUGUUUUAGUUUUGUACAUAGCGGAGCCAGUGCAAUUUUUUCUUGUCAUAUUCUCAUACACAGCAAGACUUCUUUCAAGACAGAUUCGAUUGAAUGUAAAAUCAGCUUUACACUAAAUGGUCACUACUCCCCCACUGCACCCCCAACUACUAAUACCAAAGCAGAACUGCUUAAGAGGGAGGGUGGUUUCAGACAGGACACAGGGCAGCAGAAUGGCCAGGGGUGCUGCUGCUACUUUUCUUUAGCCCAUAGAAAGCCCCACUCCCAAUAGGUCUGUUCUUGAGGUGGGAAAGAGUUUUAUUGGGAAAGAUCCAUUUUGUUCAGUUAAUGGUGGGAUAUGUUUGUGUCUACGUAAAGAUUUCCACAAGUCUCUCCUAAUUCCUGAGAGUCAUCCAGUUAUCCAUUUCCGAGUUCUAGAAUGAACAAAGGCUUGGGAGUUAGUUGGUGAAUGGAUCUUAACCUAAGGUGCUGUGGAAAAUAAAGAAUUCUCAUUUUACAGAAUCACUUUGGAUCGAAUCUCUCUGAAAACUCAGUUGCUCCUCUCUCUGCCCCACGCCUGUUUCCAUGCUGUUUUGUAAGAUGGUAAAAGUGAAAGUGGCGCUCCUUCCCUUGAUCGAAUCCUAGUUAUUAUCACAUGAUAAAAGUGAAAAAUGGCUAUCUCCCCUUGACUUGAAACUACCGAGAAGGGCCUGCUACAACUGCAUUUACGUAGAACAAAGUGUUAAUCAAGCAGCUUUAUUAUCUUGAUGAGAAAGAGAUGUUUACAGCUAGUCACAAAACAAAAUGUAUUCAACAGAAGCAUGAGGAAAAUGAUUUGCAGAUCUUUGGUUUUAAUAGAGUUAACUUCAAUGCUGCAAAUGUAGCACAUUUCAAAUGAACAAUUCUUUUUAAACAUUUGUUUUUAAUUGUCCUUCAAAGAGGACCUGCCUUAUAUAUAUGCUUUAAAGAUACACCUUAAUUUGUGUGUGGUAGAAUUUUGGAUAUAAAGGUACGUUCUGAAGAGUUGACGUUUAGAUAUGAAUGUAUUUCACAAGUUCCAGUUUUGCUGGCAGGGCUUGAUGCUGACCAAAUCAAUUUAAGCUGUUGUUGUGCAAUACCGCGUUUCGAAUGUUAACCUUAUUUUUACUUUAGGGUAAAGUAAGAAAUCAUGAGAAACAAUCUUACUUGGGGAAGGACCUCUUCUGGUUUCUUCUGGCUCCACAAUCUGAAGACAUUUUCUGGAGUUAUUACUGUACUUGCUGGAGUUUGUAUUCAUGAUGACUGUAAUAUAAUCUUUGGUAGAGGUGCCGGAAUAAAACCAAAUGAAACCACCUCAGUGGAGAACACCAUUAGAAACCCAUCUUGGCCUGCGUCCCCUUUCCAAAAAAGUUUUUGUGAAGCUUCUGAGUCUUUUCAGAAAAUAUUAAAUGCCCUAUCUUCAUUAGAACUGUUUAAAGUGUUAGAUACUAAUACAUAAGGAGAAAACUGCACAAACACAGGACACCACGAUCUUAUUAGCUAUGGUUUGGGUUGUUUGUUGUUUAGCGGUAAGCCUUGCCAUCACUGAGAACAUUGAUGUGGUAUGAAUGUAUUAAUAAAUAGGCCAGCAAAUAAUACUUUACCUGUAGACAUGUUAAAUCUAGGCAUGUUUGACAGUUCACAGGUUAAUACUGAAUGUAAAAAAAAAUCAGAAUGAGAAUCAUUGUAUUCAAUUUUUUUCUGUAAUUUAUGUAAUUGCUUUCUGAUUUUGUUUGUUUGUUUUUUGGAAAGGGGGGCAACCUGUGUUACUUUAUUACUGUAAAACUUUCUUAACCAAAACUUGGUGAAUUUCACUAGUCAGUCUACCUCACAUUUUAUUGUUUUAAGAUUUUAAAUUGUCUUAAGUUGUGUCUACAGUAUGUUUAUGAUGUACUUUCAUUUAAUUUGGUGAAUGUAUUAAAUUUCCCUUUAAUGAGA